GCAGCAUGAGCGCUCCGCAGCAAAAGGAUGUGUGAGCAGGCAGCGCGCUACUGUAGGGACGGGGUCCACAAACUGCUGAACAAAGAACAAGCCAAACUUCGAUCCCAAGAAAGCCGCGAGCAGCCGAAACUCGAAACCGGUCAGGACAGCGAGUCCGCGACGGCAGCGCAGUCCGGAAACAGCGGCGCCCAGCCCGGUGGAAUUGACGGGCUCGUCCGCUGGAUCGUCACCAAAAUGAGCGACAACAAGAACAUCUCCAGCCGGGAGUUCGCCUCCAGCAAGGAGGAGGUGGCCGUGGCUCAGGAGCAGUUCUUCGCCCCGGAGCCACGGAGAGGCAUCUCGGUCAUCCUGGAUAUAUUCAGAAGAGCCGACAAAGAUGAUGACGGGAAAUUGUCUCUGGAUGAAUUCCAGGCUUUCUUCUCUGAUGGCACUCUGAAUGAGGAGGAGCUGGAGAAGCUGUUUCACACCAUUGACUCGGAUAACACCAGUAAUGUAGACACCAAGGAACUCUGUGACUACUUUGCCAAGCACAUGGGAGACUAUGAAGGAGUUCUGGCCUCGUUGGAAACGUUGAACCUCUCCAUCCUCAGAGCAAUGGAUUUCACCAAAAGGGUAUACGAAAGAGGGACCAAUGUAGAACAAUUUGUGACUCGCUUCCUACUGAAAGAAUCCGCCAAUCAGAUCCAGUCACUCCUGAGCUCGGUGGAAAGUGCAGUGGAUGCAAUUGAUGAACAGCACGGCCAGUCGGGUCACCAACCUGCCAAAGUGAGUCCACGGAUGCCAGAAAAGCGCUAUCAAAACACAGUCCCUGAUUAUCCCCCUAACAACAGAGUGAGUGCCAGAGAGGCCGUUAGGACCAUCAACACAGCUUCAGGUGCUGUGGAGGUGAGAAAAGAAGGUCUGGAGGCUCAGGUCAAUCGCCUUGCUGAAUUGAUUGGACGUCUUGAAAAUAAGACAGUCUGGUUUGAUCUGCACCAGAGGCUAACAGAUACCGAUGGCACCCCAAGUGCAUCCUUGCUGCUGAUUCGCCAGGAGAUGGUGGUGUCACAGAAGAAGCUCGGAGAGUUUUGUGAGGCUCUUAAGCAGUAUCUGAAGAAUGUCUCUGCUCAGAGAGACUGCUUUCAUGUGACUGCAGUCCGCCUGCCAGAUGGGUUGUCCUUCGUCGUCUAUGAGUUCUGGGAUGGAGAGGAAGAAUGGAAAAGGCACCUUCAGUCAGCUCCCAACAAAGCCUUUCAGCAUGUGAAGGUGGACACACUGUGCCAGCCUGAGGCCAUCUCCUCUGUAGCGGUGCCAGCCGCCUGGUGCAGCGUGAACAGGGAUUGAGCAUGAAGAUGAUCGACUACACGCCAAGACUCCUCCUGGACACUUUCCACUUCUUUUACUCCCUCCUCCAACCUGUUUUCUGUUCCCUUUCCCCCCUCUUUAUCCCUCAAUUCUUUUUGUAAGUACAUGUUUACAUAGUGCAAAGGAAGAGCAUCAUCUAUCUGCAGUGAAAAUUAAACAAACGGUGCAUUUAACAAUGUGAGAAUACAAAAAAUGCAUUUGCAUUUGAGAUAAUUUGAUGUUUGAAGUAGCUCUGGGUCACUUUGAGGUGGAGUUUAUGUAGCACGGAAUAUGAGGUUGUUAGUCAUGUAGCAAAUUUUUUUUCAUAGAAUCAACCAUCUUAAAAUUUUACUUUUUUGUUGGUGUCACCAUAAUCUGUUCAUCACUGUAACUUUCAUCAACAAGUUGCUGCUAACUCUUGAUUUCUGAAAACAUUGCCCUCACUUCGGCCAUUUUAAGCUCACAGUGAACAGAUUAGGGUCAUCUGCAGCCAUAAACGUCAAUCUAGUUUGCAAUCUCAGGAAAAAUGCAAACCUCUGACAGCCGCCUCUCCAGUUUAUGCAGCAGCACCAGAAA